GCCAUCCACAAACCAAAUCCUCAACUGCAUAUAACACUCAUUGCUUUCAUGGUAACUAAGAAGAAAACAAGCAUAAAUAUCCUUCCCAUCCAUACCCCAUAUCCUCAACUGCAUAUACCAGACAAGAAAAAGGAAGAAAAAAAUAGGGAAAGAAGGAGAGAGACCAAUAUCUCAUUCUCACAGUACCAGAACACCACUGUUUCACUUCAUACAAUACUUGUGGAAACCAGAGAUGCCUCCAUCUCUCUUCUACUUCCUCUACUUCUUGUUAUCAACAAUAACCAGUGCAAAUGCACUUAAACCAACAUUCCCAUCUCUUCAGUCACUCUGUCUGCAACAAAACCCAGAUAACAAAAGCGACUACAAACCCCAUUUCUUCCCUCAAAUAUUAGAUCAUUUCACAUUCACACCUCAAAGCUCCAAGAUUUUCUACCAAAAGUACCUCUUAAACUCUGAGUACUGGGAUGGACCUAAGAAGAGAGCUCCAAUCUUUGUUUACACGGGCAACGAAGGAGACAUCGAAUGGUUUGCAGCCAACACCGGCUUCUUGCUCGACAUCGCUCCCAAGUUUCGAGCACUCCUGGUGUUCAUAGAGCAUAGGUUUUAUGGAGAAUCCAUGCCUUUUGGGAAAGGGGCAUACAAGUCUGCAACAACAUUGGGGUAUUUAACCUCUCAGCAAGCAUUAGCUGAUUAUGCAACUCUCAUCACAAGUCUCAAACAAAAUCUCUCUGCUCAGGCUUGCCCUGUUGUGGUCUUUGGUGGCUCUUAUGGUGGGAUGUUAGCGGCAUGGUUCCGAUUGAAGUACCCACAUAUAGCAAUGGGGGCGGUGGCCUCAUCAGCACCAAUUUUACAGUUUGAUGACAUUGCCUCAUGGACUAGCUUCUAUGAUGGAGUUUCAAAGGAUUUUAAGGAUGCCAGUCUGAAUUGCUUUAAUGUAAUAAGGGCAAGUUGGGAUAAGUUGCAAGUUAUAUCCACUCAAGAAAAAGGGUUGCAAAAACUAAAUCGGGUUUUCAGGACUUGCGAGGAUAUUAAAUCUGUGUAUUCAGUGAGAGACUGGUUAUGGUCGGCUUUUGUUUACACGGCGAUGGUAAAUUACCCAACACCUGCUAAUUUCAUGAGGCCUCUACCCGCUUAUCCAAUAAAUGAGAUGUGUAGAAAUAUAGAUGGAUUGCCAUCAGAGACAGAUACUUUAGUUAAGGUGUUUGCGGCUGCAAGUGUGUAUUACAACUAUAGCAGCACCAAAAAAUGCUUUGACAUGGAGAAUGCAAGUGAUGCUCAUGGCCUCCACGGUUGGAAUUGGCAAGCAUGCACUGAGAUGGUGAUGCCCAUGAGUUGCUCUCAACAAGGCAUGUUUCCCCCAUCAACUUUCAGCUACAAAGAGAUUGAAGAUGAUUGCAUGAAGAAAUAUGGGGUCAAAGCUAGACCUCACUGGAUCACCACUGAAUUUGGAGGCCAUAACAUUGAGGAAGUGUUGAAAAGAUUUGGGAGUAAUAUUAUCUUCUCUAAUGGCAUGGUGGAUCCUUGGAGUAGAGGAGGGGUGCUGAAGAAUAUAUCAUCUAGUAUUGUAGCUCUAGUUACCGAAAAAGGUGCUCACCAUUUGGAUUUUCGGUUUGCCACAAGACAAGAUCCAAGGUGGCUUGUGGAACAAAGGAGACAAGAGAUAGAACUCAUACAAGGGUGGAUUCAUGAAUAUAACAUGGAUUUUAUGAAGAGGAAAGCUGGCUCGUCUGGGGUCACCGGAGGCGGUAAGGACUUUCGACAACGAUGAAGACCUUCUUGUAGAAUGUCAGUGUGCUAUGUGAUCAAAUGAAAUGAAGGACGUUAAGAUGUUUGGUGCUUACUCACAAACACAAACCACACAUUUUACUGCUUCAAGAAACUAAGAUAGCAAACUUUAAUGUAGCGCUUCUUGGAACUUUUUUGGGGCAUUGGCCCUUUUGACUUUCUUUUCUCCCCUAGUAAUGGCAGAUCUGGUGGACUUCUUGCAGUUUGGGAUUCUCUUGUUGUGAAUGGCUCCUGUUUUGAAUUAUCUUGUCGCUUUAUUUAUGUUAUUUUUACUAUGGUGGGCUCUAUGAGUCAAUGUUGUGGCCCUGAUAUUAUCAAUGAAAAAGAUGUGAAGAGUCUCGAGUUUCUCUGAACA